UUGACAAAAUCUAAAACCUACAGUUUUUAUGGUUUUCUUACAUGUUAACAGCAAACGCCUAUUUUUAAUUGAAUGACAAAUAAGGAAUAAAGUAACUUUUUUAAUUUUGCAUGUAGAUAAAGCCACAUAUCUCCAGUUGUUGUGUUAGUAAUAACCAGUACUCGGUGGGGAUAUACAUUCAACGAAUUUGCGUGUUUUUUAGGUUGGAGUGGAACGGGGUUGGUGGAAAAAGGAAUAAGAAAAAAAAAAGAAAAAAAAUAUUAAAAAUUUUAAGUUUCUCUUUAUAUACUUUUAAUAACCGUCUGGCAGCUUGCAACAGCAUCCGGUUAUAAUGACAAUACUUUUCAAGUAACGGAUAUACUAACUUAUUUUUCCAUGCAAUCUUUGCAUCAACGACACUUUAUCAUAAGUGCGUAGAAUUCAAACAUUAGUGACGAAAUUGUCAAACUGCUACACAUAGAUAGCGUCCUCUUAACUUACUAACUUUGUUUACUGAAUUUGCCCAGGUUUGAAUUUUGUACAGUGCGCUCGAAUUUUAAGCCUUACAGAGCUGGGAAAAAAGUAGUUAGCCUUUGGCACUAGUAUAGAGGAUAUAUAUUUUAAAACACAACGUGCUGAUUUUUUCAGUAAGUAUAUUUUUCUUAAAUUAUUUUCUCUGGAAUUUUCACCCUUUACAUACUUCUAUUUCUUUAAACGGACUGAUUAUUUAAUAUCAGAAAGUUUUCCAGCUAUAAAUUACGGGAGAUCGGUUUUCAACUCGUGUACUUGUUCUUGAAAAAAAAUCGCCCCUGGGAUUUAAGAAAUACAACGGCGGGUCGCAGAGCGAAAACAUGCUAAUUAGCGGGGGCGCGGGGCGAAGUUUAAUAAAUAAAUUUUAUAAAUAAGCGUGUUUUCGCUCCGCGCCCCGCCAUUUUAUCUGGUUAAUUCUCGACUUUUUGCUUGGCGGGUGCGUUGCUAAUUAGCGGGGAGCCGAAGAUGUCGCCCCGCAAGUUUAAUAAAUAAAACGUCGCCCCGCACCCUCCGCUAAUUAGCGUGAUUUCGUCCCGCUACCCCGUCAAGCGAAAAGUUGAGAGUUAACUAGAUGUUACUAAAUAAUAAUAAUAAACAUUUUUGAGGAACAAUCGAAAAUGUUUGCUUAUUUGUAAAUGUUAAUAUACAUGUAUUUAUUUUGUUCUCUGCUCUUACCAAUAAACUAAAGUCAAAAUAGUUAUCAUACAUUCCUAGCUGAGAUUUUCAUACCCGAGGUUUGCAAAUAUCGCGUAUAUCAGAUGGUAUCUAUUCGGCCAAUGUCUAUAAAUUAUUUACAGGUUAAGAAAGAACGUAAACAGACAGAAGACAAAAGAAGAUGACAUUGCUUGAUGUUUGUAAAGUCAUGCUGGCAUCUUUGUUAGGAGCGGUCUGCAUCAAAGGAGAGUGUGAAAGUCCACCAGUUAUCCAAAAUGCUUAUAACAACUUAACAGAUACACCGCCUUACACCCAAAACACGCCAACAUACAAUGUAGGUACAAUUAUUCAAUUUGCUUGUAAUGAAGGCUAUGCGAUGUCCGGUCAAAACACAAUGCAAUGUCGUAUAGAUGGUGAGUGGUUACCUUCAACGCCACCGACAUGUACCGUGAUGGACUGUGGGGAAUUUGGGUCAAUACAAAACGCAGAUUUAUUCCAGGAUAGCGCUUCUACUGAAAGAAAUCACUAUAGUAGUGUCGUACAGGUCACGUGCCUUAAUGGGACGGGACCUCUCAGUAGGACCAUCACAAGUUAA